CGACUUUUUUCCUUGAUUUAAAUCAAACAAGGGCCGAUGUUCGAUGCAGAAGUGCAGCUCCACAUACCUGCGCAGAUAAUUCCACCAACACCUGUCGCGUGCGGGCCAGCUGGCGCGGCCGACCAAUCAGCGCGGUGCGAGCCGGGUAUAUAAACCCGCGCACAUCCCUCUACCCUCAUUCCGCCACCGACCUUGGUCCCGUGAGCAUCUCCCGUGUCGUGUCUCAGUGUGUGUGUGUUGUGUACUUUAUUGUCAAGAUGAUCAUCUGCCUGUCUGGAUUUGUUAUUGCCGGAACCUCCCCGGCCCCGCUAUCCGUCUCCAGAAAUGAUAUUUCUGGCAGCAGCCUGGUCCGCACGGAGGGCGCGUGGCUGGCGUGCGCCGCGCCCCCCGCGCCCCCCGCCGAGGGGGGGAGGUUCCCCCCGCACCAGCUGCAGCUGCUGCAGCGGUACCCCGCCGCCCCCGCGCACCGCCCGCCGCCGCCUGCGCUGCUUGCGCUUAGAGGAGUGGGUCGCUCCUCCAGCAGCUCUGCCGAGUCGGUGUCCAGCUCGUCGCCGCCGCCCGCGCCGCCCGCCCUCACCGGGUACCGCCCGCCCGUAGGCAGAUAUACUCGAGUCCGAACCCUCUACGCGUGCCUCGGCGAGAGCGACGGCGAGCUGUCCUUCGAGCCGAACCAGAUCAUAACCAACGUGGCCCCGAGCGGCGAGCCGGGCUGGCUGCGCGGCACGCUCAACGGCCGAGCCGGGCUCGUGCCAGAGAACUACGUGGAGCCCCUGCCCUGAGCCACCCCUGCAGCGGGAGACUCCAGGGAUUUGACUGGGAAUGUUGACCACCCCUGAAGGUGGACUCCAGGGGAUUUAAGUGGAGGUAUUGUGGAAGAAAAUGCCGAGAAGUUGAGGGCAGGGAAUUUGACUGCGAAUAUUUGCGUUAAGGAGUGAUUGUAGAUACUUUUGUAGUGUCGGUUUGUUUAGUGCAGAAAUAUUCUCAACCACCUGUCUUUUAGGUAAGCAGGUUAUAGUGACCAUAUUGAAAUCAUUCCAAAAGGCGAGUGGUUGAGAAUUAGUUACCAGGCUUUGAGUUUACGUUUUCUGGCAUACAAAGUGGCGCCUCUAUCGGAAAUAACCGUGAAACUUUGACAGAAAACGUAUGCAGAGACGGAAUAAUUUUUACGUAUUUAAAAUCUGUACUUGGGAUGCAGUUGUAGAAUGCAAGUUGGGAAUGUUAUGUUACCGAUAUCUGUACGAUUGGAGAUGUGAUUGGAUGUCAAUUUACUAAGCCAUAUGUUAUAUACUUAAGUAGGGAAACUGAUAGCAUAUCAUAGCACAUGCUUUGUCAAUGUAACUAGUGUAAGAGGCUUUUACACGCAAACAAAAAUGUCUGUUGUAUUUCAUAAUAUGUGCGCGGUGGCAGCUAUAAGUACCUAGUUUUCGACUUAUCAUUCCAAUGUUGUAUUAAGAUGUAUUUUGCAUGAAGGAACUAGCUGUCAUACGUGACACUUUAUGUGUGAUUGUGGAAACUAUAGUCGAGUCAAUUUAAUAGGCCACAUUGACAGAUGUCAAACACGUAUGAACGUUGAACGGCUUCAUAUAUGGGCUGUGUCUCUUUCCCUAUAAUUCAAAAUAUGUGUAUUUGCGUCCCACUGUCAAAUGUGGCCUAUUAUUAUGACUCUACUGUAGUGUAGUUAGCCCAUAGAGGCGUAAUCGAGAGGGGCUCCUAAUAUAUUUAUCUAAACUAAUAUACAUAAUGUUCGUAGUAAUUUAUUGAAGGGCAGGAGGCCGCAUAUCUUAGCGUAACGUCUUGUUAACUCUUUUGUACGUCUGUAUAUUUUGUAUAAUUGUAAAUAAGCGUCUGUUGAUAUUUUUUAACUAUUUAUAUUUUUAAUUAUUAUACUUAUGUUGUGAAUAUUUCUACCAAAUAUACUGUACUGUACGUCCUUCGCGGAUUUCGUAUUAAAAAGAGAUUUAAUUACUA